AUGGCUGUACGAGCCUCCCUGCGGGACACCUCUGGAUAUGGAUCUGGACUUCGCAAGUUCCACCUUUUCUGCGACAUAUUCUCCGUGCCUGAAAAUAUUCGCCUGCCUGCUCCCUUCGCUGUGCUACACUCAUUUGCACUGUGGGCAGCCACAGACCCCACACAGGACGACCCUUACCUCGCAGCCGUACGGGCAUGGCACAUUGCGCAAGGUUGGCCCCCACCCUUAUCACUCGACGACCACCAACGCAUCAAUUGGUCUUUACGUGGUCUGGAAAACAUUUACACCAGCCGUCGCAAACCCAUUCGACCUCCCGUCACACUCAUUAUGCUCUCGACGCUCAAAGGCUGCCUCCAACUCAAUGACCCCUUCGAUGCUUGUGUCUGGGCAAUGGCGAGCUGUGCCUUCUUCGGCAUGAUGCAUUUUGGUGAGAUAUCUGUCAAUUCACGCUCAGACUUCUCCCCCGCACGCCACAUCACACGACACGGCGCCUUCUUUGGCACAGACUUGCUUGGUCAGUCCUACGCUCGUCUCGAUUUACCCUCAGCGAAAACGGCCAAACCUGGGGAAACCCAGUCUGUGUUCCUCACAGAGCAGGGUGAUCUCUGCCCGCUGGCAGCCCUACGCAACCUCGCACGUGUCGUUCCCGCCCUCGCCACUGACCCAUUAUUCUGUUGGCGAGAUUCUCGCGGCGACACGCGCCCCAUGGUACGCAAACGGGCAGUUGAGCGUGUCAAUGGAAUCCUACUUGCCCAUGGCUGGGGCACUACAUUCGGCCACUCCUUCCGCAUUGGAGGUGCCUCGUUCUACCUGGCACAGAAGGUAGACCCUGAAAUUGUUCGACUGGCUGGACGAUGGCGCUCGCUGGCUUACGAAACUUACAUCCGUUCGUUUGAACAGGUGGCCUCACGCCAUCUCGCCGGCCUCGCUAGUCAGCUACACAGUUCUGCAGCACUUGGGUUGGGCACGCUGGCCACUUCGUCAGCCGCGGAGAGUCCUGCAUGUGGGUAA